AUGCUGCGCUUGGUGGGCCGUGCGGCGCGCUGCUGGGGCGCCCGGCGCGGGCCGGCGCUGGCGACGCUGCCAGCACGCCUCUCCGGGGCGGCCGGCUCGGGCGCCUGGCCCAAGGACGUGGGCGUCCUGGCGCUGGAGGUGUACUUCCCCGCGCAGUACGUGGAGCAGGCGGAGCUGGAGCUCUUCGACGGCGUGGAGGCCGGCAAGUACACGCGGGGCCUGGGCCAGCAGCAGAUGGGCUUCUGCGCCGCCCACGAGGACAUCAACUCGCUGUGCCUGACGGUGGUGCAGCGGCUGGUGGAGCGCGCGCGCCUCUCCUGGGACGCCAUCGGCCGCCUCGAGGUGGGCACCGAGACCGUCAUCGACAAGUCCAAGGCCGUCAAGACCGUCCUCAUGCAGCUCUUCCGCGACUCGGGCAACAGCGACGUGGAGGGCAUCGACACCACCAACGCCUGCUACGGCGGCACGGCCUCGCUCUUCAACGCGGCCGACUGGGUCGAGUCCAGCGCCUGGGACGGCCGCUACGCCAUAGUGGUGUGCGGGGACAUCGCCGUCUACGCCACGGGGAACGCCCGCCCCACGGGGGGUGCCGGCGCCAUCGCCAUGCUGGUGGGACCCAACGCCCCCCUCACGCUGGAGAGAGGCCUGCGGGGGACCCACAUGGAGCACGCCUACGACUUCUACAAGCCGGACCUGGCCUCCGAGUACCCGGUGGUGGACGGGCCCCUCUCCAUCCAGUGCUACCUGCGGGCGCUGGACCGCUGCUACGCCGCGUACCGCCGCAAGGCCGAGGGCCAGCGGCAGCAGGCCGGCGACUGCCGGCCUUUCACCCUCGACGACUUCGAGUUCGUCAUCUUCCACACGCCGUUCUGCAAGCUGGUGCAGAAGUCGGUGGGGCGGCUGCUGCUGAACGACUUCCUCACCGAGCCCGAGCCCGACACGGCCGCCGGCCGCUACAAGGGGCUGCAGCCUUUCCGCGGCGUGAAGCUGGAGGACACCUACACCAGCAAGGAGGUGGAGAAAGCGUUUCAGGCGGCCAGCCAGGAGAUCUUCGACCAGAAGACCAAGCCCUCGCUGCUCCUGUCCUCCCGCAACGGCAACAUGUACACGCCGUCCAUGUACGGCUGCCUGGCCUCUCUGCUGGCACAGUCCUCGGCGCGGGGCCUGGCCGGCUCCCGGAUCGGCGCCUUCUCCUACGGCUCGGGCCUGGCCGCCACCAUGUUCUCCUUCCGCGUCUCGCCGGACGCUGCCCCGGGCUCGCCCCUGGACCGGCUGGUGUCCAGCCUGGCGGACCUGCCGGCUCGCCUGGACGCCCGCAAGCGGGUGGCCCCGAGCGACUUCGCCGAGAUCAUGAAGCGGCGGGAGGAGACCCACCACUUGGCCGACCACGCUCCCCACGGCUCCCCCGCCGACCUCUUCCCCGGCACCUGGUACCUGACGCGGGUGGACGGCAAGUACCGCCGGGAGUACGCCAGGAAGCCGCUCUAG